GGCCCUGUGAGACAGCAGUCUGUGUGCUGCGUGUCAGCCGGGAACAGCAGCUGUCAAUCAAACAGCAUCCUUAUAACCACUGGCAGAAGCUCCAUCGCUGCAUGUGAGGAUGAAGCCGGAGACAGACUGAGCUCUGCUGUCAUCACCGUCUUCAUCUUUGUUGUGGCUCCAUUUCUGAGUAUAAUUUAUUUUUGAAAACUUCACCUUUAAGAUGAAUGGGAGCAACACUUCUGGGGUGAACAGCUCUAUACCUGAAUGGUCGUUCAACGAGUGGGGGACCAACCAACACCUGGACCCGGAGAAGCUGAGGGUCCUGGUGCCUGCUAUCCUGGGAGUCAUCUGUGUUUUGGGUGUGGUUUGCAAUCUCACUGUGAUGAUCAUCUUGUUCUCCAGCGCUCACAAGGGCAAACUGUCUCUGAUCAACUCCCUGAUCUUCAACCUGAUGUUUGCUGAUGGGCUGGUGCUGGUGUUUACGGUGCCUUUCCGUGCCGUUUCCUACUCCAAGGCUACCUGGACUCUGGGCUUGGUGGUAUGCAAAACGGCCGACUGGUUCCUGCAUUCCUGUAUGGUGGCCAAGAGCUUCACAGUGGCUGUCAUGGCCAAAGCCUGCUAUCGCUACGUGUCCAACCCCACCAAGCAGGUCAGCAUCCACGUUGGCUCAAUCCUGGUGGUCUUCUUCACCAUCUGGCUUUCUGCCUGCUGCAUAACCAUCCCUCACUGGCUUUUCAAUACGCUGCAGGAAAGGAUCCACAGACUGGUGUGUGUUUCAAAGGUUCCCCCUGAAGCCCGUGAUUUCAUGUCCAUGUACAUCAAAGCCUACCCCUUGGGGGUCUUCUGUGCACCUCUAGGUUUUGCCCUGAUGUACUUCUGGAAAGCGUACGAUCAGUGCCAGCGCAGAUCUAGUAAGACUCAGAACCUACGCACCCAGAUCCGAUCCAGAAAGCUCACCUUAAUGUUGUUCAUUCUCACUGCGGCCAUGACCGUCCUCUGGCUUCCACAGUGGGUAGUGUGGGUGUGGGAGUAUCACCUAGAAGAAAGAGAAGGAACCCAGCACCACAGCUCCUCUCCUCCCCUGCUUCUAUCACUCUGUGCACAGAUACUCACCAUCUCCCUGUCUCUCAUAAACCCCCUCGUUAUUCUGUCCCUCUCUGAGGAGUUCUGGGAGAGCUACAGGGGGCUGUGGAGGAAGCUCACCCUGCAAAAACAACCUCUGCCCAAGCCUGGACCUCACACACCUACAGCUCUCCAUUCACCUCGGCCAAGACCAGAGACCUCAGGUCAGGUGAUGGAGGAGAAUCGCUUUUGUCCACGCUUGAGCCAGGCUCUCAGCAGAGAGACUCAACAUCAGCCAGAUCAGAUGGGAGGAAGAGGAGCAGCUGACAGGAUAAGCCUCAAAGAUGUGAUGGCAUUGCCUGAUGUGGAGCAGUUCUGGCACGAAAGGGAGACUGGAUCACACCCAGAGGAAAAUGAUCCUGUUCCAUGGGAGCACCAGAGCAAAGAAGGGAAAAACUAAAUCAGCCAUGUUCUAGCUGAUCUUGAACGUAAUCCU